AUGAUACAAUAUGAAGAAUAUUGUGAGGAACAUGCAUAAUUUCCUAUUUCAAUGAUAUGUCUGAAUCCUAAGAUAUUUCCUUAAAGAAAAAUAUGUUGUUAAUGUUUAAUUUCUUGUGAUAAGAAAAAUGAAUUAAAAUCAAAUGAAUUAAUGACUGUUUAGGAGUUCUAUCAAAGGCUAAAAUUAUUAAGUGAUGAAAUCGAUAAUAAUUAGAAGAUUGAAUAAAAAAUGUUUGAAUCUAUGAAUAAAAUUGUGAAGCAGUGCAAAGCCAUCCUAGAAUCACAAUGUCACAAUUAAAUUCAAUUAGAAAUUAAAAAGUUAAUUUCAGAAGGUAUAAGACCUUUAACUUAUGGUGAAAUAAAGAAAUACUCAUUUCUUUUGGUUAAUGAUUUUAAAUAGAAAAAUGAAAUAAUAGCAGAUUUAUAAAAGAGUUUAGAUUCUGCUUCAAGCAACAUUUUAAAUUCUUUUUAAUAAUAUAAAGAGAACAAUUCUAUUAAGGUUUAGGUUAAUAUACAGAAAGAUAUGAAACAUGAACGUAGUUAAAAAUAGGUAACCCUUCCUAUUCAUAAAAAAAUAGAGGAUUUAUAAUAGAAGUUUGGUGAAAAAGAUGAUUGUAUUUAUUUUAAUGGAGAAGAAAUAAAAAAUUGUAAUGCCACUUUGCUUGACAAUAAUAUUUGGUCAGGAGAUGAAAUAAUUAUAAAAAAUACUAAAAUAAGUAUCACAUUAUAAGAUAAAUAAUAUCAAAGGAUGCAAUUUUUAUUAUCACGCUCUGAAACCAUUUUUACAAUUAAGACGCUUGUCUAAGAAAAAGAGGGUAUUGAUCCUUCUUAAUAAAAAAUCAUAUUUUAUGGAAGAGUGCUUUAAGAUUUUGAAAAAUUAAAUGAUUUCAAGAAAGAUCUAACUUUUCUUUUAGAUAUUAAUAAAACUGCCAUUAAUCUCUUCGACAUAGAUGAAAAACCUAAAUCUAUAAAGUUGAAUCCAAACUUUACUUUUGAAAAAAUCAUACAUCAAAUUCAAUAUCAUUUCGAUAUUCCCUAUAAGUUAAUUUCAUCAUUAUUAAUCAAUUAAAAGCCCCUUUUGAAUCAGUAAGGGAUUAGUAAUUUAGUAGAUAUUCAAACUUAAACAAUUAAUUUACAAAUUAAAUUAUCUAAACCAGUAAUUUUGGCAAAAACCUUAUCAGGUAAAAUUAUAAUUGUAAAUCCGAAAGGGAAUAAUGCAAUACCAUAUAUUAAGUAAUAAAUUGAAAAUGAAUAUAAUAUUCCAAUUAGUCAUUAGCAUAUAUAUCAUAAAAGGAAUCUAAUGGAUGAUUCAAAGACUUUGAUUGAGAUUGGUAUCAAAUAAUUUGAUACUUUAAAUAUCAAAUGCGACUUAGAUGAAAAAUUUGAAGAAGAACUUUUCAUUUAGGUCUAUAAUUUUUAUGAUAAAAUUAUCCGAUUAAAGGUUGAGCCUUAAAUAUCAAUUAUAGAAGGUUUAUUAAGGGAUGACAGAUGCUACUCGGGUAUGGUUUAAGAAUGUGUAUCUCAUUAUGUAAAAGGAAUCAGGGUGAAAGAAGGUUAAUGCUUCUCUGAUUUUAACAUGAAAGAACUUGACUUAAUCAGAACAAGUGGUUUUUUUAGAUCUUGUUCAAAAAUGGAUUGA